UUACACAUGCACUUAUAGUGAGGCUGCCUAUUAAGUAUAUUUUUACUCUUAAGGAAAGUUGUACUGUACUGCUGUACUCUGGUAGGAGGUGGUUGUGUGACUGUUACAGGGCGUAGGCGGAAUCCAUGUUUGAUGACAUGUUCCCUUCUCCAUCUCUGCAGUCUCAGCAUCAGCUGCUUCAUCUCCAUCCUCAUCUUCUGCCCGUGCCCCCACCAGACCGCAAUCCCAUGAUGCCUUGCAGCACACUUGUGCGCCGCGUGAAGAAGGCCUUCAUGGCCAGUGUGGCAUCUGGCCAGCAGGAGGUGCUGCCCCCCAUUUUCACCAACCAAGCAACUGGCGUUGGUCAGAAGGAGGCAGAGAAGAUCAAGGCCAGCAGGACCCCGUCAGAGCGGCAAACUCUGCCCUUGCUCAGGACCCCGCCGUUUCCCACCGCCCCCGCUGUCCCCACUCCCCCACAGACAAUCAAUUGCGGACAGUUCCGCAGUAGACUGCCCCGCCUCAAGAAGACAGCAUCACUCAGUAUAGCUGCUGCUGUGGAAGAGCAAAAGUCCGUUGAGGCCCUGUCAGGGAGGAAUAAGGGAGCAAGGGAGCUGAAGGAGGUGAAGAUGAAAGUGAGAGGGAAGAGGCAGGCGAGGCAGAGCCAGAAGGUCAAGGAGCUCCCAGAGCUGGCCAAACUGCCCCCCCUGCCCUGCCCAGAGCAGGCCCUCCUGCAGGCCUUCAGGUUGCUCAGCGUCGAUGACUGGGAGAAGAAGAUCGAGGGCCUGACCUCCAUCAGGUCUCUGUCUCAGCACCAUGCUGAGCUGCUGCUGCCCAGACUGCAUGACCUGUGUCUGGCUGUCACUGAAGAGGUAAAGAACCUGCGCUCCAUGGUGUCCCGCACUGCCAUAAGGCACCACCCGGGCGCGCUGCUGCAGAAGGCAGGAGAGGCCAGCGGCUUCAUCAGGGAUGAUGUGGAGCUGGCGCUGGGGUACAUGGUGGUCAAUGUAACACCCUCACGCAGCAUGAACGCUCUCAUCAACACAGGAGUCAGGCACCGUAAUACAGCCGCGAGGAAGAGCACUGCUCAGCACCUGGGCAGACUGGCAGAGGUCAUGGGGUCGUCCCAUCUCCUGUCUGGCAAAAACAAACUGACUGACCGCUUCAUCCAUGCCAUCAGCUGCCUGGCCGUUGAUUGUGCACUGGAAGUCAGGACCCAUGCCCAUAAUACUCUGGCCUUUCUGGCCUCCCACCCCAACCUCAUCAAGAUGGUGGAGAGGUUUGUCCCACAGAGAGACCACAUCACCAUCAAGGACAUUAUUAACAAAGGCCAGUGCAGAAAUUUGAAUUGAAGUGAAUCCAAACUCACAUCUCUGUAGACACAACAUAUUCAUUCAACACUGGCAGCAGUUAUAGCAUUGCUCUCUCAGAGGGCAUGAGCCAGCAACAGGCAGAUAGAGAGGUUCAGCCGCGCCCCGUUGGUCCUCCGGGUGUUGAACUGAAACUGUUGAAGAGGGCAAAGGUCAAGAUGGCUAGGGUCAGGAAGACAAGGCCAACCAGCACGAAGAAUGCGCUCAGCUUCUCUACGACGGGAUCGCUCUGAAAACAAAUAACAAACACUCCCACUCUUUCACCCUCACUAGUGACACAAAGGUUGAUCGGCAUUGCUUAUAAAUUAUCUUUU